AUGGGUACAGUUCACACCCUAUCAGAUCUCCGUCUUGAGCGGAUGCCACAACUAGCCGAGGCGAAGGGCAUACAUGAAGACUGGACCGGAAUUGGUGAUGCUGAAACUCGUAGGAAGUUGCAGAAUAGGCUCAACGUCAGGGCUCAUCGAAAGCGCAAAGCCGCACAAUCUCAGGCGCCAGCCCUACCCGCACCUGCCACAGAUGUGUCAACAGUUUGUUGGGACGAAGAUCAUCAAACAGUCACUCUUCUCCCAGCUCAGCUAGCCAAUACAAUCCCCAGACCACCAAGCCCUUUAAUUCCUCCGAUGUUUCGCGGAACACCAACAUACCCAACCACAAGGAUUGUCUUCCCCCUCACUUCGGACCAUCUUAUUACUCUCGUCCAAUACAAUGUCCUUCGCGCCGCCAUGACCAACCUGCGUCUCCUCUCAGCCCUACACACUGUUCCCUCGGAAUGCUCACAAGCUCUGCGGAUCGUUCCUGUGCCCACCACCAACGCCACCACUUUUUCAGGGCCAGACCAACCCGUUCCUCCAUCACUUGAGCCCACUCCCCUUCAGCGCGCUGUCACACAUGAUAAGUGGAUAAACAUCCUACCCCACGCUGUCUGGAGAGACAAUUGCAUCCUGGCUGCUGGGACUUAUGAUUCAAAUGACAUGCGUCGUGAUUUUCUGGGUGGACUCUGGGAAGGGUUCCCUGGAUCUGAGGCUGAGCGAAGAGGCUUGAUUGCUUGGUCAACGCCGUGGGAGAUAAGUGGGUGGGAGGUCUCAGAAGGGUUUAUCGAGAAGUGGGGGUGGCUUUUGAAAGGGUGUAAGGGAGUCAUGGAGGCUACAAAUCGAUGGAGAGCGUUGAGGGGAGAGGAACCUGUUGUGAUCGAGAUAUGA